AUGCAUAAUUUCAAUUCUGGAUUUGUUUUAUUGUCGUCCUUCAGCUUUUUAUCCAUGCAGGUUGGCAUAGUACGAGACGGGGAAGUGCUGUCCAACCCACGAGCAACUUUUCAUGCACCACCUGGCGAAGGUUUUAGACCGAGCGAAACUGCUCAACACCACCGGCAACAUAUCUUGAGAAUUCUUAGCAAAGCUCUCGCCGAGGCCGAUAUCAAAAACCCUGAAAAGGAAAUUGAUGCUAUUGCAUAUACCAAAGGGCCAGGAAUGGGAGCUCCAUUGCAGGCUCGUUUUCUCUUUUCAAUUGCGCGUUCCUUGUCUCUGUCUUGGUCCUUGCCAUUGAUCCCUGUCAAUCACUGCAUUGGCCACAUUGAGAUGGGUAGACUCAUUACCGGUGCUGACAAUCCUGUAGUUCUCUAUGUUAGCGGUGGAAACACCCAGGUCAUAUCCUAUUCACAUCACAGAUAUCGUGUGUUUGGGGAGACUAUAGACAUAGCCGUGGGUAAUUGUCUUGAUCGGUUUGCACGUGUCGUCAAACUUCCCAACGACCCCAGUCCAGGGUAUAAUAUUGAACAAGCAGCCAAGACAGAGGGAGGCAGACCUAAAGCAAUCGAAACUAUGACCUCUUUUGCAGAGCAACGUACCAUUGAUAGUGGUGCAACAUGCCUUACCAAUCUGAUGUUGGUCGCGCGCCUUUUUGCUACGGACGAACGUUUUUGUAUUGACAAUGGGGCGAUGAUAGCGCAAGCAGGGUGCCUUAUGCACGAGGCUGGGCUUAGAUGCGAGACUGAGAGAUCACUCAUGAUAACCGCAACGGUUAGUCGGAUCUUGACGUGA